AUGCUCGAUAAGGAACGACGAGGGCUCAGCACUGAACAGAAGCGAUGCCAACGAAAUCGUCGCCUUCUCGUCGUUGCAAUCGCACUCAGUCUCCUCGGUGUAGUUAUACUGAUCAUGGCUGGCUUUCUUUACCUUCGAUCGGCUGCCGCUGAAGAGGAAUUGAAACGAAGUAGCGAUGAAUAUCUUAGGAAACUCGUUCAGCAAGUGAACGAUAAUCCAAAUUUAUUAUGGAAGGCCAAAUACAAUCCAUUUGGUGUGAAGCAUCGAUCGUACGGUUUCGAGUAUACUCGAAAUGCGACGGCUGUCCAGCAAGUCCUCGACCAACUUCAGGCGUUCUUCGAUUCCGAUGCUAUGAAGCGACAUAUUCAAGAACUUGUGGAUUUUCCUGACUUCAUCACUUCCAACUCACUUCGAUGCCCGUCUGAAAUGGCCUCACUGUCCUUCAAUCUCGCGGAUUCCUAA